AUGAAUUAUAUUUUUUUAUUAAUUCUGAUAUUAUCAACAUUAUGUAUAUUGGAAGCUAAAAGAGGUGGUAAAUCAUCUAAAACAGAUGAUAUAUUCAAAGAAAAACAACAUCAACAACAACAACAUCAACAACGACAACAACGACAACAACAACAACAACAACAACGACAUCCUUAUUCUGUUAAUAAUAAUGCAAAGCAUAAGGCGGAAACACGUCGGAUAGCAUUAUCACGUCAAGAUGUUACGCAAGAUGAAGAUAAUACGAUUGAAGAUGUUGAUGAGGAUAAAAUUGAUGAAAUUAUCCGUGAUGCAACAAAAAAUCUUGUCAUCUUCUUUUAUGAUGGAUAUGCGAAAUGUCCAAAUUGUGGUGAAGCACUUGCAAAAGUAGAAGAAAUUGAUGAUGAUAUUGAAGCAACCGGAUAUAUUGAAGUGGUUAAAACGGAUGAUCGAAGUGUUGCUCGUGAACUUGGUGUUGCAACAUUUCCAGCUCUGGUUUAUUUUAGACGAAAAAAUCCGAUCACAUAUGAUGGUGAUUUCAAGGAUUCAAAUGAAAUAUUACGAUGGUUACGAUCACAUGAAGAAGUGGUUACAUGGAUUCUUACAGAUGAUAACUUUGAAGAUUAUACGGAUAGUUAUUCACCUGAUGAAGGUACACUGGAUUGGUUUGUCAUGUUUUAUAAAUCAGAAGAAGCGGAUUGUAAUGCAUUUGUUUCAUCGUGGGAAGCUGUGGCACAUAAACUACGCGGCUUAGUAAAUGUUGGCAAAGUGGAUAUGUCGAUCAAUGAUGAUGUUACAAAUCGUUUUCGUUUAGAUGAUGCCCAAUGUCCAGUGUAUCUUCUUUUUCAUCGUGGGAAAAUGUACCGUUAUAAAGAUGCAGCAAAAAAUAUUCGAAGUUUAACAGCAUUUGCAAUGUAUAAAUUCAAAGAUUUACGUGGUUAUCACGUACCGGAACCACCAACAGCACUUGAAAACUUUUAUGAACAUGUUAAAGAACGAAUUGCAGAAAUUUUGGAUGAUAGUCAAGCACUUACGGUAAUAGGUAUCGGUGGAUUGAUUGCAAUUGUUGCUGCAACAAUUUAUGCAAAUGCUAGGAGAAAGCAACAUAUGGUAAUUAUGACGGAUGAUAAUAAAUCAAAAACCAACUAA